AUGGCGGCCCUGGAGGUCGAGGUCGAGGGCCUUGAGGAUGAGCGAGGCAGAGUCACGGGGAUCAAUGGCGAUGGUGCGGUCAGCCUCGUUGAUGGCCGCACGGGCGACCUAGCCGGGGGGCUUGAGGGCCGCAGGGAGCACCGGCUCCGCCGCGCCCUCUCCUUCGAUGAGGCGGGGACCCCGUGCCCAGGGAGGUCAUGGUGGAGGUGCUGCUCUGGCUCAGGCCCCGCAGGGUCAUGGCUGCAGCGGGGUCAGAUGCGACUGGCAGGACUGCGCCGCCCAAGUCUGGGGGGCAACCGAGGAGUUUCGCAGCCGCGUCCUCACCUUCUCAGCGCGCUGCUCUUGUGGGGAUGGGCGGCGAUGAGCCGCUGUUGCUGCGGCAGCGGAGGCGAGGGUUGGUUUGUUGCAGAGGCCGUGGUGCUCGCCGAGGACAAUAAGUACCCCAUCGCCGACCAUAUGAGCGGCGUCUUAGUUUGGAGACGGCGUCUUAGUGUGGAGAUGCUCAUGGAUGAGACGAGCGCCGCUUGA